GCAGCAGGGAGAGCUAGGGGAGCUGUGCAACCGGCUGCAGGAUUUUGGAGACUACGAUCUGCUGCUGUCUGGGCUGCAUGAGAACCUGCCGCGGGUGCGAUUCAUGGACAUCAACCUCAGCCGCACCGCCGCGGCGGCGGAGGUGCUGGGGCAGGCGGACAUACUGCUCAGGUCCUGCCGCCGCACCGGCGACUUCUCCAGCCUGCGCUUCGUGCCGCCCUGUCUCGCUGCCGUACGCGCGCUCAUCGCCCAGCCCGAGCGGCCCCGCCACCUGAGCUGGCCGCGGCUGGGCGGCGAGGUGGCGCGGAGGGCCUCUGCGGCUGCGCAGCUGGUGCGCAGCUGGGCGAGUGCAGGAGGAGGCGGAGGAGCGGGGGGAGGAGGGGCGGACCCGGGUGUGCUGGCGGCGCAUGGGGCCGCGAGCAUGAUGCUGGAGUUGGCCCCCGCCCUGCGCACCCUGGUCUCCCAGCCGCCCCUCCGCGCCGUCGCCCCCAACAUGAUGAGCGCCGAGGAGCAGGGCGCGCUGCACCGCACCGCGCAGCUUAUGACGCACUACGGACUGAGGUACUGCUUCGAGUCGCCGGCGCCGCCGGGGCUGCUGCCGCUGCAACUGCCCGAGGUGGUGGCGCCCGUGCCAAGUAACGCCAUCAUUCUGGGGCUAACGGCGGAGGUGCAGAAGAACAUUGCUGCGACAAACGGCGGCGGUCCCGCUGCUGGCGGCGGCGGUUGGCAGCCCCGAAACCAGCAGCCGGGCUGGGCUGGCGGCGGUGGCAGGUUCGGCGGCGGACGUGGCAACGGCCCCGGCGGCGGCGGCGGGAACUACCCAGGCGGCCGUGGCGGCGGCUUCGGAGGUCGUACGGCACCGUACGGAAACUCUUCGUACGGACAAGGCCGCGGCGGCGGAGGUGGAGCAGCAGGACGGGGACCUGGCGGCGGCGCCGUCGUACAGUCGCCUCAAGCGGCGGCGGCGGCGACUCGUCUGGUUCCGCUGGUUCCCGCCAUUGACACUCUGCAUUGCUUCACGGCGUUUGAAGGCGGAGCGGCGGCGGGCGCCCGAGUGACGGUGCCACUGGUUGUACGGCAGAUGAUCUCGCAGCAGACGGAGAUCGAGGCCAUUCGGCGAGCUGAGGCGUUACGCAGUGCAGCAGCACCUACCAGCGGUCAACCCGAGGCCACCACCGCCGCCGUCAGCCCCAACAUGCGGCCACCAGGCAGCGGCCCAACCUCACCCACCGGCGGCCCAACCUCACCCACCGGCGGCCCAACCUCACCCACCGGCGGCCCAACCUCACCCACCGGCGGCCCAACCUCACCCACCGGCGGCCCAACCGCCGGCGUCGGCGGGGGGCCGUUGCAACCCGUGGCGCCGCCGCAACGUCAGAUGACGGGCCGAAUGCCACCUCCAAGCAACAAUGCAAACAAGAAGGGUUCGGGUUCCACCACGGGUACGGGCUCCGCGGCAUCCGGCGGUGGGGCAGGUGCGAAGCGCAAGGGCACAUGGAUGGACGCCUUCAAGCAGCAAGCGAGUGUCAAGGCUCGCGGCGGGGUGGGAGGCGGUGCAAGCGCGGGAGUGCUGGCGCGGAAGGCGGAGCA